CUUUGAACAGAGGUUUGUUUUUAGGUGUUUUAUAAAGAAUUUAAAAAGUAAUUUACUAUCAAGUAUAGCACGAUGUCGAUAAGUGAUUUUUUAGCUUUGAUCAUUUUAAGGUACGCAAUUCCAGCAUACUGUGGUCCUACCGAGAAUCCAUCGUCUUCGGCAAAUCCAGCCAGUGACGAGCAAAUUGAUCACACUCACUUCUUGACUGACGAAUGUCGUCGUUUCGAUCGCAAUCAGUUUUUAAAUGAAGAGUUUUCGGAUGUUGUUUUAGUUGUAAAUAAUGAACGAUUCCCCGCCCAUCGUGCUGUGUUAGCUUCAAGCAGUGAUUAUUUCCGUGCAUUACUGUGUAACGGACAUAUAGAAACUUAUACAAAGGAGGUGUCAAUAAAUGAAGGAUCACCAACAUCAAUUAAAGAACUUCUUAAAUAUAUUUAUUUUGGUAAAAUGAAUUUAAGUGUUCUAGAGAUUAACGUCAUUUUGGAAUUAUUAAUUCUCUCGAAUCUAUGGCGUUUUAUAAACUUACAAUUUUCACUGUCCGAGUACCUGUGUAAUAACAUCGAUGUACACAAUGUAAGUUCGUUGUUUGUUGUGGCUUCUUACUAUCAACUCAAAGAACUCGAAGACGCAUCAAUCAAUUUUAUUGCCACACAACCUUUGGACGUAUUGCAAUCUAAAAAGUCUCGCUUUUUGUCGGCCGAAGCAUUAAUUUUAAUUCUCAAUCGUAACACGGCGUAUGCUAAAGAAUUGGAUAUAUUCCAUGCGGUUAGUCAGUGGAUUAAAGAGAACCAAGACAAACUGGGUCCUAACGAAAAAACCAACAUUUUAUCGGCCAUCAGAUAUCAGCUUAUGGAUGAAAAAGAACUGUCUGAAGUUAGGCGAUCUGAGCUGGUUCGUUCGGAUAGAAAUAUUUUAGAUGUCAUAAAGAAGUCCCUAACACAAAUAUUAAUUGAUCGAGGACGAUUAGAACCAAAUGUGAAUUUUGCUCAAGAAGAUUCGAUAGAGCUUUCUCAAAUUGACGGCGGUACCAUGAUCAUGCUAGAUCAUCCAGUAAAUAUAAACUAUAUCGAAAUGGAAUUAAUAGAAAAACCAUCAAAGAAUUACUCCUAUUACAUUGAAGUAUCAAUAGCUAAGUACAGUUGGUUUCGUGUGAUUAAUCAUUCAAAUUACGAUUGUCGGUCAAUUCAACGCUUGUGGAUUAACCGAAUAUAUGUGAGGUACAUCCGUAUUGUUGGCACCAAAAAUUCUUGUAAUAAGACUUGUACUUUUAACAUUUUAAAAGUCAUGUACAAUACGGACAAAAUGCACUUGGUUGAAAUCAAAAACGGAUUAAUAGCUCCAAAGUACAAUGUUGCUUUACCAUCUAUGGAUGCGUUUGUAACCAAAGGAACUCCAAAUUGGUUUAUCUACAGAAUGGAGACAUUGCCCGAUAAGAUUCAAAACAACAUUUUGUACGAUGAAUAUAAAAACUCACUUUUGGAUCGUGGGCAUACAUAUCAUUUCCUGAAUUCGGGGUGUAUAGAGGUUCAACUCGCACAACCGUAUUUGCUAAGUUCAAUGAGGAUGCUGCUUUGGGAACACAAUAAGAAUACCUACGGUUACAAUGUUCAUGUUUCAGUCAAUCAUGAAGAGUGGUACUUGAUUAUAGAUAAAUCCAAUAAAUCGUGCCAAUCGUGGCAGUUGUUGCAAUUUGAACAAAGGCUGGUAGUGUAUAUACGUAUUACUGGCAUUCACACUUCAGAUACUUACAAAACUUUUAAUUUAAAAUAUUUGGAGGCACCCGCUCAAGUAUCGCUAGCUUUCAUCAUCAAAAAACCGUGGAAGUCGAUAUCGUGGCUAUUAAAUCGGAAAUAG